AUGAAACCAUAAAAGAGCAUCAUCAAAGAACUGAAAACUUACUAACAGGAUCUCUACAAAACAGGAAGAGAAGGGAAAUAAUUUAGUAUCAAUGAUUUUCCGAAUCUUUCAAGAAAACCCAUAGAAUGGACUGAUUGUGAUUAGUUCAUUAAGCUAAGGCAAAUGAAAUGUGAUAAGAAAUUAGCCAUCAGACUUUGUUAAUAACACAAGAUCCAUAGAUCUGAUUAACAAUUUUUUAAUACGUUACAUAAUGUGAAUAUGGAGAAUGCUGGGUAUAAGAAGAUCUAAAGUGUAAAUAUUAAUCUAAUAUAGUCAACUUCAUUUCUAUUAAGAUAGAUUAGAUAAAAUCAAUUUAUUAAACAAAAAUUUAGAAUGGAAUUCUAAGAGACUUAAAUUGACAACAAAAUGUCUUCAAUUUUAGAUGAUUCGUUUUAGAAAUUUUAAAAAUCUUUAGAUAAACAUUUGGAAAUAGAUAAAGAUUAAUCACAUAAAUUUAAUUUAAAAUAUAUGACCAAAGAGGAAUUAUAUUCAAAAUUGUAGCAAUUGUAAUUUAUAUCAAAAUUUAAGAAAUGUAAUUCCCAAAUAAAAUCUAUCCAUGGAUCAUUUACCAUCUAGCAAUUCCACUAAUUGCUUAAAUUUAGUCAUUCCAUCAGCAAAUUCAGUAAAAACUUUUACUAUUUAAGUUACAUAUUUCCCAAACUGAACGUAAAUUCUCAAAACCCUUUCUUCCUUAUUCUGGUAUAAUUAAAAGCAGAGGUUCCAAUGUUAGCAUUAAACAACAGUUUACAAAAUUGCAAAAUAAUUAACUUAACAUUCCAUCAUUUAAGUUGAUCAAAUAAAAUAAGUUAGCCAGAGCUUCAUUCAAUCCUCAAGUCGAUGAUGCUAAAGGAAUUAAAAGCAUGCACCACAUAGGCCAUUUAAAUGAUGUGCCAGAGUUAAAAAAAUAACAUAAAAGACACUUUACAAAUUAUGAUAUUAACAUAGUCAACUUUUAAUGA